AUGGGUACAGUCGUAGAAACCAAUGAUGAACAUAUGCCUCUUCUAAGGAGAACAUCCAAGAUGUCUAAUUUCCGGAAGAUUAUGGAGAGUAUAAUCAGUUCUCCGCCGGAAACUGAGAUUAUCUAUCCCACAGAAGAUGAACAAAUUUCAAUUCCACUCAGAAGAAACACACGGUCUGCAAGUUUCCGAAGAGUCAUCAAUGGUAGCAUAAGAAGAACAAGAAAAAUAUUUGGUAUAGGAGAUGCACCUGAAGUUGUUGAACAACCUACGAUUCCGAGUCAUCGUGAUAUUCACAUUCAACAAUUUAAUCGAAAUGAAUUUUAUCUACUUAGCCGGAUUCCCACCAAAAAUUAUGAAAUAUUCAAAAUACCUUCCGAAGAUAAAAUCUUCACCAGCAUUAGACAAAUCACACCAUCAUGCACUUGUCCAAUGACAAAACUUUUUCCGCGAGAGGAGAGACCAAAAGACAAGACGAGAAAGUGUCGCAUGUCAAGUUUUGAAAGAAAGCGAAGAUAUCAUCAGUCUUUUGGAGCGGACCAUCACGCCAAGGAACAAUUAUUUUGUCCACUUCAAGCAUCUCAAGUUGAACUUGCAUUCAAAACAGAAAUCAAAGCAGAUAUUGUAAUAAAAGUGCAAGCGCCAAAUGGAGAAUGCAGUGGAUACAUUUACCCAAAUGUUUUUGAUUUCACAAGUUUCACUCCUACAGAUAUUGGAUGUGGUCACGGAAAAUGGUUGAUCCAUGUUGCUAUGCGUAAAGGUUGUAAAUUCCACCAUGGCUACACGCGGUGUUUAAAUCUUGUCGGACAAGGUGUUCUGUUUUUCGAAGUCAGUAUGUCAGGCGAUUUGAAAGAUUGCGGAAGAUUGUGGCUUGAUUGUCUUAAUUAA